UCAGCACCUGAGCCUUCGGCGCCGGUCACUUACGCGCAUGCUCCGUUGGUGGAGAAGCGGGAAGUCCCCCCUCCUUUGUUUAUUAAAUUACGACAGUCGUAAACUGAGGUUUUGGUGCCGCCUUCCUACUUUUACGACGACAACAACAAUGGCGGCUGCCAGUGGCAGAUUUGAAAGUGAGAGGAGUAUCGAAGAACGGAAAGAACAGACCAGGCUUGCCAGGGCCGAGGUGUUGCGCCAGGCUAAAGCCAAUUUUGAAAAGGAAGAACGGCGUAAAGAACUUAAACGACUGCGGGGUGAGGAUACAUGGAUGCUACCUGAUGUGAAUGAGCGAAUUGAACAGUUCUCACAGGAACACUCUGUAAAGAAAAAGAAGAAAAAAGAUAAGCACUCAAAAAAAGUAAAGAAAGAGAAGAAAAAAAAGAGUAAGAAACAGAAGUAUGAAAAAAGCAAUGAGUCAACUGAUAGUUCAUCAAGCUCUGAAGACGAGUGGGUUGAGGCUGUCCCGUCCCAGGCGCCUGACAGAGAGAAGGCCUGGAAAGUGCAAGGUGAAAAUUCGGAGAAAGAAGGCAACCACGUUGUUCAGAGAGAUGCGUGGAUGACUGUUGAUUUUAUGUCUGUCAAAACUGUGUCAUCAUCGUCACUCAAAGCUGCAAAGGAAACUGUGAAGAAAGCAGAGCGAGAGAAAACCCAAGCGCUAGAACAGUCCAGACUGCUGGAAAGAGAAUUGAAUCCAUACUGGAAAGAUGGUGGUACAGGUCUUCCCCCAGAAGACUGUAAUGUGUCCUCACUUACUAAAGUUUCAGUGGUGGAAGAUGGUGGAUUAAGCUGGUUGAGGAAGUCUUACCAGAGGAUGAAGGAACAAGCUGAGAAACAGAAUAGACAUUUUGAAGACAUUGUGGCUGAAAGAUACGGGUCAAUGGAAAUAUUUCAGUCAAAAUUAGAAGAGGCUGAAAGAACUGCAUCCACAAGAGAAGACUUUAAACGAGAACGGUGGAGGAAACCAGCAUGUUCAGAUAAAGCACAAAGUAGUCAAGAAAGUAGAAAACCAGACUUGGUAAAAGAUAAUAAAAGUUCAAGGGAUAGAUAUAGUUCAACAAGUAUUACAGACAGUACCAAUAAAGAGAAGUGUAGUGGUGAUGAAAAAGAUAAUAGGUCUGGGUCUUCAGAAACAUACAGAAGACAAUCCAAUCCAAGGCACAAUCAAGAGUUUUCCUCUCUCGGAAAUUUGAAACCUAAAUUUUUAAGACCCUCUGAUGAUGAAGAACUGUCAUUUCAUAGCAGGGUCAGAAAUUUUGAGCCAUCUAGUUCAUCUUCAGUACCAGUCACUCAGGAUUCUGUGCAUCGUGGUUUCCGAAAACCCACUGAAAACAGCGAGGAAAGUUCAUCAUCAUGGAGCCGAUCUGAUGGGAAAGAAGGAGACAGGAAACAUUCAGAUCGACGGCCAGUAGACACCAGUGGCAGUGGGGACUGUGGAUACAUUUCCGAAGACACAAGAGAGAAAUCACGGAACGAAAGCCUGGGAGAUGAUUUUGUGGAGAAAGAGCGCGUGCAGGACGCAAAGUCUUCUUCUGCUCGAGGCGGUCCUGAAGAUGAUUCCAUCCACAUCUUGAGUGUUGAUGAGAAGAACAAACUGGGAGCCAGGAUUAUCAAGGCAGAGAUGAUGGGAAAUAUGGAAUUAGCUGAACAACUUAAAGCCCAACUUGAAAAGGCAAAUAAAUUCAAAGACACUGUAACACAGAAACCCUCCAAAAUUUCUGGAGUGGAGAAUGAAGACCGAGAAGUGGUCCUGGUCAGAACAGAUCGGUCUGGAGGAGUGUGGCCUGUGAGCACAGAAGGAAAGUCUCGGGAACCUACAGGAGGGACAAGGAGGAGGCAGAUGGCUUCAACUCACGAAGAAAAAGAAAGGGUGAGAUACUUUCAUGAUGAUGAUGAUCUCAGUCUGAGUGAUUUAGUCAAGAAUGAAAAGAUGGGAACAGCAGAAAAUCAGAACAAACUUUUUAUGAGAAUGGCAUCUAAGUUUAGGGAACACGACGGUUCUCAGCUGGGAGUCACGGUGAAUAAGGGGCGUCAGAGGGUCGAGAAGGAAGGGCGAAAUGGUUUUCUAGAAAACCUGUGUGAAGUACAGCAGGAUCGCCAGGCGGCGCUGAAGGCCCGUCUGAGCGUCAUGGUCAGCGGUUGGGUGGCGGACAUGACUGAGGAGCGCUGCAGAGUCUGCAUACAACCUUCAACAACACGGUGGGACGGAGACACUGGGUAA